AUGUCUGUUCCUAGUCAAGAUUUGAUCUUCUUCAAGAAUCACACAUUGAUACCAGAUUCCAUACUAUCAUCGAAAAAUUCGUAUCUAUCCACCAUCACUCAUACACAAGGCACCAAUCCCAGCUGGUUGAUCAACUCAAUAGUAGAGAAUGCGAUUUUUGGAACGGCUUCUUUGGUUAAUCAAGAGUUGAAAAAGCGAACAAAAUCAGGCAAGGUAGUAUUGUUUAGUUUUCUUCACACGGAAAGAUAUUAUGUUAAAACUAUCCGGAAACAAGGCGUCACCUUAGAUGACACUAAUUUCAAGUUUGUUGAUUGCUUUUCGGCCUUGUUUACCGAGAAAAUAAAGGACCCCAACGAUGCAUUGAAGGAUGUGCAUGAACUAUUCAACGUUGAAAUAGAUGCAGGAUCCGUUGUCAUUGUCGAAGCCCCAGAGGUUCUCCUUUUCUCAACAGGUGUCGCCAGUAACGAUUUAUUGUUCACGUUGCUCAAGCUAAACAAGAAAGCCAGCCAGCUAUUUGUAGUUGUAUCGAAAGAUCAGCAGCUCGUGGACUACAGUGUUAGUGACAUACACAACCCGACAUUCAAAAUCACAGACUUUAUUACAAAGUUGCUCUUUAGAUCCAAUUUGAACAUCACUUUAGAACCACUUGCAACAGGAAGGGCAAAAGACAUCACAGGGAGCAUCAUAGUCUCCAAGGGCGCCAUACCCUAUGAUGAUCUAAUAGUGGAAGAAAAGAGUUAUGUUUACAACAUUACUAAGGAUGCCAACGUCAAAAUAUUUUACCGCUAG